UGCAAAUAAAUUAUAACAUGGCUGAAACUAGGAAGAAGGUUGAGACACUUUGUGAUGAUAUCGAACAGUAUUUAGAAGCACGCAAGUGUAAUAGAGAAGCGAAGAGGAAGAACCGGGUUAGAAAAGUCACUAUUCAGGCCUUAACAAAGCCAGACCCUGAAAAUGAUUACAACGUUGAGAAAUCCCUUAGGAUGUCACCUGUCGGCGAGAGUAAAUAAGUAUAACGCUCUGAGAGAGCAAGUUGAUAUCCUUAAGCUCAAACUUUCUAAAUUCGAGAACCAGAAAUACUGAGCACUUGAAGAUGAAUUAGAAACUAAAAGGAGAAAAAUUGAAAGACACCAAGUUGAUCUUGACAAGCUUAACAAUCAUUAUUCCUCGAAUCAGUCCUACUACAGCUCUUUAGAAACAUCCACAAAUGAUAACCGGUACGAUGCCUUAAAAGACCAGAUCAAACAAUCUAAGUACACCAUUUUCAACUUGAAGACCGAAAUCAGAGAGGAAGAGGACCUUCAGAUGCAGAAGCAUCGGGAGAUGGUCUCCCUGUCCUCCAAGAUCAAGUUCUGGGAGGACAAAGUCAAGCAAAAGGAAAGGGAGAUUGCUAAUAAAUCUGUGCAAAAAGAUAAGAUUAGAAAUAAUUCAGAAUAUAAAAGCAAAGCCUCUAUUAAAAAUAUCGAGCUAGUUCAUCAAUCUAAGCUAAGAAGUGGAGUAAAGUUACUCAGUGAAAGCAAGCAGGAGCUGAGACAAUGGAGAACCAAAAGAGCUAAGAUUAGGAGGAGCAUUGAGUCUCAUAAGAGCAAUAAUAGAAACCCUUUAUGCAUGAAUAUGAAAAUCAAUAUUAUGAGCAAUAAAAUAAAUGAGCUUGGGAGGCAAAUUUAUGAACCUCCUCAUAACUAUGUAGCACGUUAUAACAGAUCUCAAAAUAAAAGCUUAAAUACUCCAAAAGCCCUACCUAAAUCAAGGAAAAGCCCCUUGGUGGCUAGAGAAAAAUUACAGGCUUUGAUUCAACCAAAAAGGUUUUCACCGUAUUCUCAAAACCAUGGGUCAAUAUUAUCAGAAAACACAAAGGGGAGUUUGAAUCGGAACCAAUCAUCAACAAAUGAACUAAUUCGAAUGACGAAUGUUCCUAGUGUAAACUCCUACUCUAAAUUUUCCACCUGCAACAGUGUAGGCUCAAAGGUCAAAGCUAGUCCAAGGAUAAAACUGAGUACUAGCUGGGGGAAGAAAAUCAUCAAGUACAUUCCAAUCACAGAAAGGGUUACACGAAAGACCAAAUUUUAACGAAAUAUUUA